AUGCCGCGUAAACCAUGUUAUUGGACAAGAAAACUUGAGUUAGAAUUGGUGGAAUUCGUUCGUCAAAAAGAAUUCAUAUGGAAACCGAUAGGAAACACAAACCAUCUUAUUCAGCAGAAAUAUAAAGCUUAUGCUGAGUUUGCAGCUAGACUGGGACGUGGCUUUACUGCUCGCUCCGUCAGAGACCGAUGGGUAAAUAUUAGAAGCACAUUCAAUCAUAAUUUACGAAGAGUUGACAAGUCGCGAGAGACGGCACAAUCAAUAUCAGAAGUGUAUGUCCCGUGCUGGCCGCUGUGGAAACCCUUGCAGUUCUUACGAGAGUCCACAUUGAAAGAUGUUAAUUAUGUAAGUAUACUAGAUUACAACACUCAUGAAGACUUCAAAGAUAUGACAUCAAAUGUAGAGGUUAAAGAAGAAAACCAAAUAGAUUACGAAGUAGAUCUUGGUAUCAGGCAGCGAGGUCAGCGAACUGAUCGACCCCGAAAGAAAUCUCAAAAGAUAACCAAUAAUAUAGAUAACUGCAAACAAGUUUUAGACGAUCUCAUCAAAGCUAUGUCUCCGUUACUUGAACAUACAGCAGAAGGUAGCCAGUACUGGUUUUUUGGGAAACAUGUUACUGAAAGACUUAACGCUAUGCGAGAGAUUGACGCAGAUUGUGCCAGUCAAGAAAUUAUGAAACUUCUUGAAGGUUCAGAAGGUUGAAGUACAAUAAAAAGAAUUGAGUUAAUACUCAAAUGGAUCAAACAUUUCUUAGAUACUGGAUCUAAUGCAUAUAAAACUAGUAAAGGAUAUUAUGUGGUGUGGCUAAGAUCAUCUAAAUAUUCUUCAGUGAAUUAUGCUCAGAAAUAAGCAAAAAGUAGAGAAGUCAAUAUAUAUUCCUCCAUCUUUGAUACAAUACGCUGCAGCUAACAGACACAAAAUAUACCAAUGUUUGCUUAUCAUGAUAAUGAACUUAAUUUAAAAAAAGAAGAAUAUGGGUAAUGUCUUGUUUAGAAGGUUAAGAGAUGGCGCUAGUAGUAGUGUCUACAUCUAUAUUUUGAUGUUUACAAGUGUAUUUGGAUAUAAAGGAAGACAUAGUAAAGUAGUAAGACAGCAGGAA